AUGGCAAGAGGUUCGCAGCCCUUCUCGGCGUCCACAUCAUCGGGUAACAAAAAAACAAAACCCAUCAACGGCUCAAAAGCUAAAAGGAGGCAAGACCCCUCGAACGCUUAUACUUAUAUUCCUGCCUUGCCUAAACGACAUCGUACUUCCGCAGCUCAGUUAUCAGUAUCGAAGGAUGAAUUGGAGCUUGCUGGGCCAUCAAGAAGAGCCAAUGAAGAUUCCGACGAUGAGGAUGAAGAUAUGCAGAGUAGGAUCAAAAAGGUGGCAAUGAUGAUCGCAGAUGAUGAGAACACGGGUGAAAUAGAAAGCGAUGAGUCCGAUAUUGACUCGGACGAAGCUUGGCAAUCAGAUGGGAGUGAUGAAGAGAGAUGGGGUGAUGUAUUCAGAGAACUGGAUAAAGGGAAAGCUAAGAAAGGGAAAUCCAAGGCUAAGGAAGUAGUAAGAAAGCCUGCGAAGCCACUCACAGUCAACUUAGAUGAGAGUGACGAAGAGCUUGUCUCAAAGAGCAAAGGUAAAGGGAAUAAAGCGGUCAAAGCACCAUCAUCCGUCGAAGAGGAUGAGGAGGAUGAGGAGAUUAGUGAUGGAGACGGAGAACUAGCCGAGGAUGAUGAUGAUGAGGAGGACAUGGGUGAAGGGAGCGAAGAUAACGAGGAGGAGGAGGAAGAAGAUGAAGAUGAAGACUCAGAGGCUGAAUUACCCUCUGAUCUUUCGGAAGAUGAUGAAGAUCCGGAAAAUCUCGAUGGUCUAGAUGCUUUUGUCGACUCGCUGGUCUCGGAGGACAAGAAGAGGAAAGCGGAUGGACAGGAGAAGGUCGAGCAAGCUAAGAAACGACGAGUGUUACCUGUAGUAUCAGGACCAGGCUUGAAGGACAACGGUGAUCUUGCUUUGAAAAACAAUGAAAAACUCGACUUAUCAUCCCUCAUCUCGUCACAUCCCUCACUAUCUGGUGCCUCCGCUCUCCUCCCUUCCAAGUCCGACAAUAAGAAGUCAACAUCUAUCCUCAAGCAAGGUUUGGUCUCUGCGCCUUUACCGACAGUCGUGCAAGAACGUUUAGACCGAGAAGCUGCGUACGAGAAGACCAGAGAGGAAGGACAGAAAUGGGCUGGUGUGAUGAAACGAGUCAAAGAAGCUGAACAUUUGUCAUUCCCAUUACAACCUGAACAACGUGGUGGAGUGAAAGGUAACAACGAAAUAUUGUCAGGAUUCAAACCUUCGAACAAGUUGGAAUCUGCCGUAACCGCUUUAUUGAAUAAAGCCAAUUUGACGGAAGAUAGCCUGACUAAGAGAGAGGAUCUGGCAUUAGAAGCUCAAGAGAUGACUUUGGAAGAAAUCAAAGAGAGAAGAGACGCAUUGAGGUAUCAGCGCGAAUUGAUGUUUAGAGCAGAAGCCAAGGCGAAGAGAGUAGCCAAGAUUAAAUCGAAGACAUUCCGAAAAUUGGCUAGAAAGAGAGCUGCUAAAGAAAAUCCCGGAAUGGAUCUUGAAGAUCUGGAGAGAUUGGAUCCCGAGGCCGCUGCCGAAGAACGGGAGAAAAUGGAAAGAGACCGAGCGAGGGAACGAGCCACUUUGAGGCAUGGUGCCAAAACUGGUCGAUGGGCUAGGGAUAUAGGUGGAGAUAACGCAGAACUCGAGGAUAGGAGAAGAGCGAAAGAAGAGAUGCUGAAUAUGAAGGAGAAAUUGCAAAGAAAGAUAAUGGGUAAAGAUGAAGGCUCAGAUUCCUCCUCUGACGAAGAUGAAGAAUCGGAAGAAGAUGAGGAGAUGAUCAAAUCCCGAGCAUUUGAUCAAUUGGCUGCGCUCGAUGCCAAGAACGCUGCUGAUCAGGAAGCUAAGGGUAAAGCAGGAAAGGGAUUGAUGCAAAUGGCUUUCAUGAAAAAGGCUGAAGAAAGGGAAAUGAAGAAAGUUGCAGAAACAGAAGCUGAACUGAGAAGAGAUAUCGAAAUGUUCGGUGAAGAGCGCGGAACCGAGGAUGAGGAUGAUGAAGAGGAGGAAGAUGAGAGACCUAGCAUGCUGAGAGUGGGUGGGAAUGAGGGAAGAAUGGUUUUCUCUGGGCCACAACGAACGUCAACAAUACAGGAUGAUGAGAUCCCUCAGCCAGCUCAAACCAAAGGACCAUCAGUAUUUUCCAAGCCUCGUGAACCUACUCCUCCUAUCGAAGAGUCUCUUCCAGAUCAUAACCCAUGGUUGACUUCGACAUCUUCAGCCGGACCGUCACGGAAGCGCAAUGCCUUAGUCGGUUCGGCCAAUGCUAAAGCAGAAGACAAGAUCACCAGAUCAUUGAAGAAGGCCGUCAAAGGUAAAGAGGCCGAAUUAGAUGACGAGAAGGUUGAGAUUUCGCUGGAAGCAAAUACAACCUCAUCCUCAACAUCGAACAAGAAAGGAAAGAACAAGAAAGCUACCCAACCCACAAAUGGCGAUGUUAGUGAUAGUGAGGACGAGAAUGAAGAAUUGCUGCCCAUCUCAGGGAAAGGUAUCAAAGCUUUCCAACAACGUGAUUUGGUUGCACAGGCCUUUGCCGGUGAUAAUGUUGUAGAAGAGUUUGCUAGGGAGAAGGAGAAGCAGGUGGAGAUGGAUGCUCCGAAGGUUGAAGAUACCUCAUUACCUGGAUGGGGUGCAUGGGGUGGUAAAGGAGCUAAAAAGAAGAAACAUGUCAAUCCCAAAUUCCUCGUCAAGACAGCCGGUAUCGAACCCACUCAACGAAAAGACUUCAGCAGAUCGAAUGUCAUUAUCACCGAAAAGAAAGACAAGAAAGCCUCUCAGUUCUUAUUGCAAGAUCUUCCUUACCCUUACACUUCGAAAGAACAGUAUGAGAGAAGCUUUAAUAACCCCGUUGGGAGCGAAUGGAAUUCUCGGAGUGCAUUCCAGAAAGGUACUUUACCCAGAAUUGUCAAGAAGCCUGGCGCCAUCAUCGAACCUGUUCGAAGGAUGUUUUAG